CAUCUCGCGAUACCGCAGAUGAGUCACGCGGCCGGGAGUGCCCGCACCUGUGUGGGGUUCUCCUGCUGUCAGAGGCUCGGGCGGCCUCCUCGAUGGUGACUGGAGGACGAGCUGCGUGGGCUGGCGCUGCGGUAUGAUGGCCACUUACUGCAAGAUGAUGCUCAUAAUACUGCUUAUUUUUCAAGAACAUCUAAUAGCAAGUGCUUAUAAUGAAGAAGAGGAUAUACCUAGUGAAUGGCUUCUCCUUCAUGUGGUUCAAGGCCAGAUUGGUGCUGGAAACUACAGCUACUUGAGGCUAAAUCAUGAAGGGAAGAUAGUGCUUCAAAUGCAGAGUUUAAAAGGUGAUGCAGACUUGUAUGUGUCUGAUGUGACCCUUCAUCCCAGUUUUGAUGAUUAUGAAUUACAAUCUGUAACUUGUGGUCAAGAUGUGGUUCAUGUGCCAGCACACUUUCGCCGUCCAGUGGGAAUAGGGAUUUAUGGCCAUCCAUCUCACUUGGAAAGUGACUUUGAAAUGAAAGUGUACUAUGAUCGAACAGUUGUAGAAUCUCCAUUUGGUGGUGGCACCUACAAUCCAGAAGAUAGGGAGGUGACUCAGAAACAGUUUCAUACAACAGAAGAUGAGUCUCAGGAUGAAGAAUCAGUAUUCUGGACUAUAUUGAUUGGAAUACUAAAAUUAAUACUUGAGAUUCUCUUCUAGAUCUAUUAGCUAAACAGUUAGUCUUUGGGUGUGGACAAUCUCUUAAACUGAAUGAAUGCUGUUUUAUGAGCAUCAGUACUAUCUGGUAUGUUCUGUGCUAGCAAGGGGGAAAUAAAGCCAUAACUAAUUUUGUAUUCUACACUUUUCCUAGAGCUACACUGUAGCAUGCACUGUAUUUGUACAGUUUUCCUUCAACUGGAUCAGGAAAGAAUGUUCUAAUUCAUUGUGACUUUGCAUACAAGUUAAUUUCUUUAUAAAGAUUUUGGAAAUUUUAGGAAUACAAAUCUGCAUGCAGUAUUUCAUCACAUUUAUAAACUACAGAACUUUUCUCUCCUAUGAAUCAACCAGGACAAAGUUCCAUUUUAAAAGGCUAAUAACCUCUGGAACAUGAAGACUAUUCAAUGGUGUUAUGUUUCAUUAUGUACUGAAAAGGAAAUACUAUUUCUGAAAUGGGAAUUAACAGCUUCCAUAUGGGAAAGGAACAUUUCCAAUGUUCACUGUUAUGUAUGCACAGGAAAAAAGCAGUAUUCCUUACUAAAAUUCUAAAGAAGUCUUGUUCAUACCUGGUCUUAUCACGUAAUUUACAGAGGAACUUGAACUCAAAGAUCAGAUCCAUUUCAAGAACAAGCUUCAGCAAUGGAAGCACACUUAAGCAGACAUUUCAAAAUUCUCCUUUCAACAAUUUUUUAAAGAGAUACUCACUGAAGUAGUAACUUGUACCAAAUUCCAGAUUUUAGAGCUCUUUUUCUAGCAUGCUCUUUUAAAAAUUACUGUUUCUAAUGUAUGUAACAGCAGCCUAAUCUGCUGGAGUGGACAGAGACCUAAUUACUCCUAUUCUUGGAGCUAGAAUGAGGGUAGGGAUCCCUCAGGCAAAAUUGCUUCCCUUGAACAAGAUAAGCUUGUUCUUUGCACACCUUUUUCUUACUGAACUCAGACUCUAACACUAUAUGCUUCAUAGAGCAGAUAUUUUUCUUGUGAAGUGUUGGACAUUGCCACUCUUUCUGAUUAAUUACCAACUAGUGACCUAACUCUUUCCUUUGAGUAAGACAGAGAACAAUAGUGAUUGCUAUGCAAUAAAUAAGUCAGCUAUAUUUUCUAUAUAGAAAGGAUUGCUGUGUAGCAAUGAAUUCAUAGAAUAAAUCAUACAUUUACAAAAUA